AGUCAAAUGUAUUUGGAAAAACUCACUCAGUGGUAAAGACACUGAAUGGUACUCUGCGUAUGGGAAGUGGAUCCAGAUCCUUUAUGUUCACAUUGCGAUGUUAAGUUGAUAUUUUGGCAGUCGGUUAUUUCUGGCUAAGUAUUAAAGACAUAACAUCUUUGAAUGUUGAAGAGGUCCCUUUUCCCUGACGCACAGGUCUGUUUCCCAGUGAAGCUUUAACAAUAAGUCAUUUUGAUGUACCACGGGUCUCAAACUGCACUGCUUAGCUUGGGCUGUCAGUAGUGAGUCUUUAGCUGAAAAUACAACUCUAAUGAGCCAGCAGUCAAGCCUUGGAGGCGACAGUGAACUUUCUGAGGAAUCUGAGUAAGAGAAUGGGCAAAUAUGAUGAAAAAGAUUCAAUCAACUGAUUAACUUAAAAUGACUUUCCUUCCUCUAGCAAACAUUCUCAUGAGACCAUGGGUUUUUUUUUCCCCAAGACCAUGCCAGAAUUAUUGCCAUCCCUAACAAAUAUUGCUCAGAUUGCUGUCUUUGAUCAUUUCCUUGAGGUAUACUGUAAAUAUAAGGUUGCUCACCUGUAAAAUCCCUCUCUCAAAUAAAAAAAGACCUAUCAACACAAAGGAGGCUGAUGGUUAUUGACCUUGAUAGUAAGUCUGGUAAUGGAUAUACACUAUAUUACCAAAAGUAUUCGGUCACCUGCCUUGACUCAAAUAUGAACUUAAGUGCCAUCCCAUUCCUAACCCAUAGGGUUCAAUAUGAUGUCGGUCCACCUUUUGCAGCUAUUACAGCUUCAACUCUUCUGGGAAGGCUGUCCACAAGGUUGAGGAGUGUGUUUAUAGGAAUUUUUGACCAUUCUUCCAAAAGCGCAUUGGUGAGGUCACACACUGAUGUUGGUCGAGAAGGCCUGGCUCUCAGUCUCCGCUCUAAUUCAUCCCAAAGGUGUUCUAUCGGGUUCAGGUCAGGACUCUGUGCAGGCCAGUCAAGUUCAUCCACACCAGACUCUGUCAUCCAUGUCUUUAUGGACCUUGCUUUGUGCACUGGUGCACAGUCAUGUUGGAAGAGGAAGGGGCCCGCUCCAAACUGUUCCCACAAGGUUGGGAGCAUGGAAUUGUCCAAAAUGUUUUGGUAUCCUGAAGCAUUCAAAGUUCCUUUCACUAAGGGGCCAAGCCCAACUCCUGAAAAACAACCCCACACCAUAAUUCCUCCUCCACCAAAUUUCACACUCGGCACAAUGCAGUCCGAAAUGUACCGUUCUCCUGGCAACCUCCAAACCCAGACUCGUCAGAUUGCCAGAUGGAAAAGCGUGAUUCAUCACUCCAGAGAACGCGUCUCCACUGCUCUAGAGUCCAGUGGCGGCGUGCUUUACACCACUGCAUCCGACGCUUUGCAUUGCACUUGGUGAUGUGUGGCUUGGAUGCAGCUGCUCGGCCAUGGAAACCCAUUCCAUGAAGCUCUCUGCGUACUGUACUUGGGCUAAUCUGAAGGUCACGUGAAGUUUGGAGCUCUGUAGCAAUUGACUGUAAAGAAAGUCGACGACCUCUUUGCACUAUGCGCUUCAGCAUCCGCUGACCCCUCUCCAUCAGUUUACGUGGCCUACCACUUCGUGGCUGAGUUGCUGUUGUUCCCAAACUCUUCCAUUUUGUUAUGAUAAAGCUGACAGUUGACUGUGGAAUAUUUAGGAGCGAGGAAAUUUCACGACUGGAUUUGUUGCACAGGUGGCAUCCUAUGACAGUUCCACGCUGGAAUUCACUGAGCUCCUGAGAGCCGCCCAUUCUUUCACAAAUGUUUGUAAAAACAGUCUGCAUGCCUAAGUGCUUGAUUUUAUACACCUGUGGCCAGGCCAAGUGAUUAGGACAUCAUUUGGAUGGGUGACCGAAUACUUUUGGUAAUAUAGUGUAUGUUUCAAAUCAGAGUUGCAAAACUUGUUUUGCAGAAAACAAGUAGGUUUCAAGUCCUAAAUUUUGAGUUAUAAUUAAGUCAGAAUGUAUUCCUUACCAAAUUAAUUCAUUAGUUAUAAAAUUGGGGGGAAAAACUACAUUUACAGGUAAUUGUACCACUUGGAAAAAUGCUGUGCUAAAAUAAAACUACACUACAUAAUCCACAUGAUGGUUAAUUUAAAAAUAUCGGUCAUUGCAUGUUAUUCAUUUUAUAUACUAUAUACUUUUGCUCAUUUUCAUUAAGGCUGCCAGUUCUUUAGUUGAUUGUAUACCGAAUUUGAAAAUCUUUCAGAGUUGAAUGAGAUGUGUGCAGUAUAUCUCAGAAUGCUUGGAUUAUCUUGGUUUAUGCUUUGAUGAUCUUUAAAAACAUCCGUAUUUUUAAAAGGUGCCAAUAAAACAGGUCAUAAAUCUGUUGGUAUUACUCAGUUUCCGACUAGCCAUGAGAGCAUUUUCCGUUGGUUUGUUUUUGGUGAAAGAUGACAAUAAAUCAAACCUUUCUACAGAAGACAAACAUCACUUGAGAGGCUAAUGGUUGGAAUAUGCCAAUCUUGAAAUGAUUAUGUAUGCAGUAUGGGACAUUAAAUGUCUGCAAAGAUGAACAAGGUGAAGAGCUUGAAGCUAGAAAUAGAGAGCCAACUGUGGGUCAUGAAAAUGGUUUAGAAAUAUGAGAUGGAUUUGGAUAAACAGGCAAGACUUAUUUAUGUGCUAUGUGUCCUUGAUGCUAUCCUUUUCCUAUCUCCCCCUCUCUAUCCCCCCCCCUUCUCCAGGAGCUCUCUGAUCUCUGUCCUCGCUCUGUUUUCUUUCUAAUGUCCUCUGUUCUUUCUCCUCUCUGGUGCUGGCAGGCUGAUGUAAAGGCCUGGGAAUGGGGAAACACCCGGUGAGUGUUUGCACACAAUUGCUCUAGUUUAUUGCAGAGAGGGAACUCCUGACCGUCACUCCCUGGAAUAUUACAGUUUGUAUCUUUACUUUUCACUAAAGACAAGGUUUCCGUAAUCAAGGCUGAAUGUGCAGAAGAGAGUACGACAACAGACUUCUGUAAUGGAUGAGGACAAGACUGGCACCUGGGAUGACAGGACAGUGUCAUAGGUUUUGUUUGUGACAUUGUUAGGCAGAACAGACAGCUAUUAGCAGGCACAUUUCUGUUGCAGUUAGUUGAUGUGGACCUGACCAAACAUACGCAGUGCUCCUGAAUUAACACUCUGAACCUCCUGGCCAAAUCCCGGAGGAGGCUGAACCAUGCGCUGCUCGACACUGCUGACAAUCCUUGCAGCCGUGCUGCUGUAUCUGGUGAUAGGAGCGUUGGUGUUCGGCUGGUUGGAGGCUCCCAAAGAAGAAGAGGUUCAUGACCAGCUGCUUAAAUCUCGACAAACAUUCCUGCACAAGCACAACUGUGUUCAAGAGAGCAGCCUCAGUGAGUUCACUCAGCAAGUGAUUGGUGCGAUUGAGGCUGGUGUAGAUGCCAGAAGCACUUCUAAUUUCACCAGCAGAUGGGAUCUAGCCAAUGCCUUCUUCUUCUGUGGGACCAUCAUCACCACCAUAGGUUUUGGAAACCUCUCCCCGAAGACAGAGGGAGGCCAGCUGUUUUGUAUAUUCUAUGCCCUGGUGGGGAUCCCCAUGUUUGGCAUCCUGUUAGCUGGAGUCGGAGAUCAUCUGGGCACCAUGCUCAGGAGGGCAGUUGCAAAGAUAGAGGCUCUGUUCCGGCAGAAGAAGGUGAGCCACACCAGCGUACGGGUCAUAUCUGCAGUGUUCUCCAUUCUGAUUGGCUGCUUGAUCUUCAUUGCCUUACCCACCGUGGUGUUUCAGGAAGUGGAAAACUGGACGCUUCUGGAGGCAGGAUACUUUGUAGUAAUCACACUGACAACUGUGGGCUUUGGUGACUAUGUAGCAGAGAACCGGAGAAAUGGCAAUCCUAUAUACAAGCCCCUGGUGUGGUUGUGGAUUGUGUUUGGCUUGGCCUACUUUGCCUCCAUCCUCACUAUGAUAGGCAACUGGCUCCGAAUGCUCUCCAAGAAAACCAGGGCAGAGAUGGAGGAGUUAAGAGCACAUGCUACAGAUUGGACCCAGAAUAUCCAGAACAUGUCUAUGGACUUUCGCAUCCCUGUCCCUCUGGACCUUAACGAUCCUUUCCAGCUCCAGCGUAGGCGCAGAAGGAAGCGCCGCCGUGGUUCCCACCAUCGGCACCCAAGGCUUGCUGUGGAUGGACUUCCUCAUAGAGUUUCUUUGGAGGCUAAUUCCAUCAGGGAAAAUGGCCAUCUGUUUGUGAAUUGGCCUGGUUCUCGGUAUAACAGUGCAUCAGACACCAGAUUAUAUACGAGUUAUGAGAAGAGACCUGGAUCAGGCUUGACAUCAGGACAAAUCUCAAGGCCUAUCUCACGCUCUGAAUUGAGGUCUGCUUCCAAGCCUGGAUCAGGAUCCACAUCCAGAUCAGUUUCAGGAUCAGACUCCAGAUCCGAGACGCCAUCAGAAUCCUGGUCCCAGUCAGAUUGGAACUCGCAGGGGUCUGGGUCAGGAGCUGAGCCCGAGAAAAAGCAGGCAAGCGAAAAUGAUAUCCCUGUUGUUUUGAUCGGAAGCUGUGCGAGUCUUCCAACUCCUUCUCCUGCUCCUUCUCCUCCCCCUGGGCCCUCUCUCCUGGACUUCUUUGGUGAGAACUUGGCCUACAUUGACGAGUCAUCGGACACACUAAGUGACCGCGUCAAAGUGUCUGGAGCCGGAUCAAACCGGCCUCGCAGGCCCAAGAAAAGAAGCGUGAGAAGACAGCUUCCAUGCACGGGUCCUUUAGGACUACUGAAAGCAUGCAGCAGUGAACUUCAUCCUCCAUCACAUCCGCCAACACCUCCGCCACUAAAAGACUGAAGACCCCAAUCUCUGCAGGAAAUGUGAAACUUGAGUUUUUCACCCCAAGCUUAGCACAGCAUACAGAAAUAUGUGGGUAGCCACAAAAUAAUCUGAGUUAAUUUACAAAGAAACAGUGUUUUCAUAGAAAAGUGCUAUCCCUGUAGCUUGUCUGAAAAAAAUGUUAACAAGCAUACAUGAGUUCAGUGUUUGAUACUUUAUACUCUCACCCACUGGUUGAAUUGCAGGGGUCUUAGGGGUUGUGGUUGAUUAUGAUGGCAGAGGAUUUGGGAAUAUAGCCAUUAUAUAGCCUACACAUUGUAUAAAGCCUACAAAAAAGGUCAACUCUAGAACGCUUAAGAGGUCUUCAGCUGUCCCUCUGGGGAAACCCUUCUAUGUAGAUCUCUACAAGUGAGGGCUUCCCUGUCAGAAAGAGUUCCAAGCUAGAACCUUUUUGGAAGCUAAGAAUACCUUGAAGAAACUUUGGGAAAAAAAACUUUUUUUUUUUAAAGUGUACAGUAAUGUUCAGCUUAGGAAGCAUGUUUUUUUCCCCCCAAAUGUCAUUAAAUGCCUGGAAAUGUCUUCUUUACCAAGAAAAACGCUAAAGCCAGUCUUACCGUGGAAGGCAUCAAAAAUGUCUUUAUGCAUAAAAAAACCAAACCCCACAUAAAGCAGUUUGCUGUUGAUCUAUUAAACCUAUAAUUGUAUUAUAAUUGUAUUAACAACUUAUUUAAUGGGGCUGCAGUUAUAUAUGAAAAUAAUCCCCAAGAGUCUAA